CACAAGUAAGACAGCAGGAAAGAAAGAGCACACCGUUUACUUUUUAGCAGCUUUUAAUCUUAAAAGGAAUGUAAUUUUCAGUCACAGGGGGCAGAGCCCAUUUCAGUGAGACCUCCCUCCCAAAACUGCCAGGAUCCUCUACUUCCACCCUGAGCAAAGCAGGCGCCUUUGCAAAAGGAGUAAAAGCCUCCCAGCUGCCUCCGGCAGCGUCGGAACAGACAUGUCCACAGGGAAGAUCUGCUGUCUGGUGCUGCUGACCCUAGGGGUGCUGGCGGUGGUGGUUGUGCUCGUGGUCAUCCUGUCUCAACCCAAGUGCGGUCCUCAGCACUACCUGCAUGGUGCCGUGGCUGCUGACACCGAGACCUGCUCUGUCAUCGGCCGGGACAUCCUGAAAAGCGGAGGCACGGCUGUGGAUGCUGCCAUCGCUGGCUUGAUCUGCACCUCAGUGAUGAACCCUCAGAGUUCAGGCCUGGGUGGUGGGGUCGUAUUUACCAUCUAUAAUGCCAGCACAGGAACAGUCGAAGUGAUCAAUGCCCGUGAGACAGUCCCACGAGUGUUUCCACACAAUUUGUUGUCUGGCUGUACUGAUGGUUUUCCCAUUGGCUCCCGCUGGAUUGCUGUGCCAGGAGAACUUCGUGGGUAUGAAGAAGCCCAUAAGCGAUACGGCCGCUUACCAUGGAAAGCCCUAUUUGAACCAACCAUCAAGCUCCUUUCAGAGCCACUUGUCAUUUCCCCAGUCAUGGACAAAAUGAUCAGUCACCCAGAAUUCUCCAGACCAGGAAAAAGCCUGUGCCCACUGCUAUGUGAUGGUCAAAGAUUUUUGAAGCAUGGAGAGACCUUCAGGUGGCCAGCGCUGCAGCAAACACUGAGAGCUGUAGCAGAAAAAGGAGCUACAGCAUUUUAUGAGGGCCAUAUAGGAGAGGCCCUGGUGGAUGACAUUAAGAAGGCUGGGUCCAGUAUCUCACUGGAGGACCUUCAGGCAUACAAAGCAGAGGUGUCCCCAGCUCUGAACAUUACCCUGAACAAUCACACCACGGUGUUUUCUCCUGGACCACCCAUGGGAGGUGCUGUGCUGAUGUUCAUCCUCAACAUACUGGAAGAAUAUAAACUCCAUGAAGCAUCACUGGCAACGCCCAAGGAGAAGGUAGAAACUUACCAUCGCAUUGCAGAGGCCCUGAAGUUUGGCAAUAUGUUAAAACCCCAGAUGAGUGACCCAGCCUUUUCCGAAGCUCAGGUGACUGUGAGGACCAUGCUGUCUGACAAGAUUGCUGAGCUGGUCAGAAGCCGAAUAGAUGCCCGUGGUGACCACCCACUCAACCAUUACAACUUGUUGGAGUCCCUAUACAACCACAGAUACAAAAGCAAGGGCACAAGCCACAUCUCUGUGCUCGCUGCAGAUGGAAGCGCUGUGUCUGCCACCAGCACCAUAAACUACCCGUUUGGUGCCUUUGUGUAUUCUAACCAAACUGGGAUCAUUUUAAAUAACGAACUUGCUGAUUUCUGCACAGCAAACAGAAGCAUUAAACCAGGAGAGAAGCCUCCCUCAGCAAUGGUGCCUUCCAUUCUCAUCUCCAAGACAGGAGACAUGCUGGUGAUCGGAGGAGCAGGCGGGGCCUGGAUUAUCAGUGCUACCACUAUGGCGAUUAUAAACAAGCUGUGGCUUGGCUAUGACUUGGAACAUGCCAUUUCAGCUCCCAUCAUGCAUACCGAUGGUGACAGGAUCAUGUUUGAGGAACAUUUCAGUGAGGAGAUUAAGAGCGGCCUGCUGGGAAGAGGACAUAAAGAAAAGCAAGCUGAAUUUGCAAUGAACGUUGUGCAGGGAAUUUCCAAGGAAGGAAAAUGUAUCUCAGCUUACUCUGAUAAAAGGAAGCUGGGGAAGUCAGCUGGAUAUUAGUGUGAAGAGCCAUCACAACUCACAAAACCACAGGAGACUCUAGACACUAGACUCAGAACAUGCUUUGGCUUGGACAUGCCAGUAUUGCCUGUUCCCAUCAGGGUGCCUCCUAGAGUAUGGGCAAAAUUUGUGAUUACACCUAAUUCCAGUAGACUGCAAGUCACCCUCAGACAACACAAGGACAGGUCAGCCAACCUUGUUUAGAGCUACAUCCUCCAUUACUUACAUAAUAUAUGGAAAAAUUUAUUUCUUGAGCACAUCACCUAUGCAGAAUAAGAGAAUACAAAGUGGGAAAGGAACAUUGGUCCAAAACCCACUUGUGAACACUGUGAAAUAACCCAUCUGUAUCUCCCACUCCCACUGGAGAGUCUCAGUUAAGAGUAGAAGUGGUUUCUUUCAGGCUGUUGCCACAAUAAGCUUAUUAUGUGCCUGUAGGGUCAGGAUUUUAAAAUCUUAAGCAUCCAGGCUUAGAGGGUGGGUUUGGAAAGGGAAGAGAGGAAAACUCCACACUUCCCUCUUGGUUUUUCCCAUCCAAAGAAAUGGAUGCUUUUCCCAAAGGUGGCAGAUGAAAUCAGUGCACCACAGCACAAGCUGCUGCCCUACUGCUCUCCACCUUCGGGAUGCAAAGGACCCCACAAGCUCAUUGUAACUGCACCAAAGCUUUCUUCAACCCUGCACAGCGGUGACUCUGAGAAUAAGCCUCCCAUGGGGCGAUGUGAAUUCCCUGCUCCUGGGAUGGACAGGCUUCAGCGUAGUUCCCUGGGGGCACCUCUCCCUAUGGCAAGAGGAGUCCCAAUCUCUGUCAGUUCUCCCUCCUCAAUGCUGGCAGGAGAUGAGUUGUUUGGGAAGGCAGGUGAGGAUUGCAGUGGAAGAGCUGUUGGUUUUGGAAGCUUUAUAACUUUCUUCAAAGUAUUCUUCUACAAAAGGAUACAUGAAGACUUCAUUUGUAGCCAUGAGCUCAGCAUUGCCAGGCAAACACCAGCAUUGCUGAGAAGUGAUGCAGCGCUAUCGGGCAUUAGCAGAAUACUUUUCGUCCAUAACCUCAGGACAUGCUCCAACUCCCUGUUUACUAGUCUCUAGUGUUCCCCCUUAAGAGCACAAGGAGGAAAUUGUAAGACUAAAGAACUAUCACUGAGAGAGAAAACUCCUGGAGAAGAGACCUGCACCUGGAUAUGAAAGGUCUUUGGCAGUUAGUUACUCCAUAAUCUUGCUCUGCUCAACAGAAUCAAACAUUUAAGAAAAACAAACAAAACCUAACCCAAAGCUCUUCUCAACUGCCCAGGAGCAAGUUCCCACGAUCCCCAACAACUCAAUUUUCUGAAGGCUUAUGAGCUGUACUUCCCUAUGGGCACAGACAGUUUUGUGUGUUUCUGGAAGUGAAGCUAAACCAGAGCAAGGCACUAGCUAAGCCCUCCCGGAGCAUGUUAGUUCUUACCUCACACACAGCCCAUGAUAUUCUGAGUACACAAAUAAAACCUUUCUGUAAACACCAUAGCAAGUAUUUGGGCACACACUAUUAAAAAAACAAACCGAAACAAGGCAAUCGACACACACACUUGCAAACAAAGCCAGAUAAGUUUUAAGUCUACAUUCUUAUCCACAAAGUCUGCCAAAUAAAGCCACUGGCUUGUUGAAAUCUCAGCCUUCACUUGCAUUUUAAUGAUGGUCUGAGUGAAGCUGACUAGAGCCAGACAUGUGUUUUUCCUUCAGAAAUGGUACACUAGGGACUAUAGUAUGACUGCAGCUGUAUCAGAGUUUAAUGAAAAAGUAUUCCUAAAUUACCAGUUCAUAACCGCAAGCACUUAAAUCAUGCAUUUGGGAAGACAGGUUACUUAUGUAUACAGCCAGCUCCGUGCUGUGCCUCCUCCUUCCUCAUCCAAGCAAACUAAUCUUAAAUCCCCUAGUUCAGGAAGGACUGCUGGUUUCUCCCUUAGAGCUGCUUACCCAAGCCAGAGAGGUGUCACAGCUCCCUGUUAGCCAGCACUACAGUACUGCUGAAUGCAAAUAGCGAAAGGGAAUGGGCCUAAAGUUUGAGGGGUGGGCAAUAUUUAUGUUUAUUUGGAAGGGGUUACCUUUUUUGUUUUGGUUUUUUUUUUUUUUUCAGUAAUCAUAUUCAAUCUACAUAAUCUGCUGAAGUCUUCUACUUUCAUCAACUCCCUUACCUCAGCUACCAGUUCCUGAAUGUACUGGUUCUAGUGUCAGAAAUAACACCCCAACUGCAAAGUUGUCACAGGGGAAGCACUUAUGGGCACCAGACAUCUCCAGCUCACAUUUCAAGACCAGACAAACUAACUAGACUGGUUGCUGGCUUUACCAAGAGCUGAUUUCUAGCUAGCCCAACUGAGCUUAGAGUUUACAAAAAGCAACUGAGGAUGGCACUGGCUGGAGAUGGGGAGAGCAGUUCUUGCUUCCCUAUUAGGCUUCAGGGCAGCCUUCAGCCAUCAUGUUUCGCUAGCGGAAAAGCCAAGUCACCAGAUAACUACGCCUUCAAUUACCAUCACUUCUGACAUACCUUAGGAUAAUCCAGCCUGUCACCUUUCCAGUGCAGUAGUAUCAUAGCUACUUCUCACCACGAAGACAUGGAAAUAUUAUAUGUAGCCCAGCACUCACUGAAAUUUAACUUCUUUGCUACUAACACUGAAACUGAGCCAAUUAAGCAGUUUUAAAACUCAUUACAGCUUUAAUUUGCAAGACAGAAAGGAAUGAGAGUACAGAUCUCACAGCGGCAGAGACGUGCAGUCCUGUAGUCCUCAUUAGCAAAACAUCUGGUGAAGCUGAGGGAUGGUACCUCCCUUUAUCAGCUCUGAUCUUGCCUUGCCACCUCCUCACUACUGCUGUAAUUUGCUGAGAUCAAGAGCCUCCCAGUUUGGUCUCCCCAUUCAUACUCAUGCCAACAGGAGAGCAUUAUUUUUGUACUUGGUCAACUUACACAGACUUUUAAAGCACCCCUGUACAAAGGCUGCUCUAUUUUCUAAUGAAGUCUUUAAAUUAUAUUUUUAAUAAAGUGAUUUUAAACCUG